AUGCUUGACUCUCUAAGAACGAUCCUAGCCAAUGACCCAGUAGUCAAGACCUACACCCAACCGUACGAAGUGGUACCGUGCCGAUCGGUCACCGCCUUUUCCCUGCUCUAUCUGCUGCCGGGCGUCCUGCAAGCGGGCCUGCUCUACCCGCCCUUGAGCCGGCUCCGAUGGCUGCGAUGGCUGCGUCUGCUCAUGACGCCCCUCGUCGUCUAUGCCAGCCUCCGCUGGCCCGUCGACUACUGCUUCACGCCCACCACCCGUCGCGGAUACCACAACCUGGCCCUCGCCUGUGCUAGCUUCACCAUGGCCGCGAGGUCCAUCGAGUGGGGUUCUCUCAAUAGUUUCAAGGAGGGCAAGAUCUGGAAACGCCCGGAAUUCGACUCAUCAGCUCCCCACCCUAAGCAAUCCCCAAAGUCAUCCUUUUCUGAUUGGCUGGCUUGGACUAUCGAGCUUGCAUCAUCGCCUAGAGGGAUCCAAUACGACUGGGGUGUCAAGGCAGCCCCGAAUACAGAAAGUGCGCUGGACGUGGUUGUGCGGAUGUACAAGCUCAACAUCAUCCAUGUUCUUGUCACCGCAUUCUCGAUCCUAUGUCGGGACGAAGGCUCGGCGACGAAUGCGCUGAGAUAUCUGGGCCUGGGCGGGUUUUAUGGGCAGACGAUCGUGGCGGAGGGGCUAGCGAGUCUGGCGUUCGGGUACUACCUAGUGACGAUGAUCGAGCUGAUCUUCAGCUACAUGACCCUCCUCAUCCACCUCCUCGUCCUCGUCCACACCCGGCUCGUCAGCCUGCCCGACUGGCUCAUGCGCACCUGCGACACCCGCACCUGUGUCCCCAUGUUCAAUAGUCCCCACACCUCCGCCUCCCUCGCCCAUCUCUGGGGUAGGGCCUGGCACCAGAACUUUCGCCAGACCUUCCUCAUCUGCGGCGGCGCGCCCGCCUCCAAACUCGCUAAAAACCUCCGCCUCAGUCCUCAGCUUCAGAAAAUCGCGGGAAUGUGUGCCUGUUUCUUUAUCAGUGCGCUCUUACACGAGUAUGCCGUUCAUUUCAUAGCCAGACAGCCCCACCCGAGUGCGUAUAUCCUCUUCCACGACUUCCCGGGCUCGGCGGUGUAUUUCCUACUCCAGCCAAUAGGCAUCGUCCUCGAGCCCUUCCUGAUUCCCUACAUCCCCGGGGGCGGGAUUGUCUGGUGCUAUCUCUUCACCCUCUCAACCACGAUCCCCUUCAGACGCCAGUACUUCAUGCCCGCUAGACUCCUCGAUCACAGCUUCCCUGCUGUCUCCUGGUCUUGGUUCUUCUCUUCUCUCCUUGUCCCCGGUUUUACUUCUAGGGGUUAA